AUGAAUAAGAGACAGAUCCUCUUCAGUGCUGUGCUCCUCUCCUUGCUGGUGGCACCCCUCCCUCCCUGCGAGAGGAAUGUAGCUGGAGAAGUUUUUUCGGGAGAGGAAGAGUGCACUGUGGAGGUUCCUCACGGGGGAGGAAGUGCACCCCGAAGUGAUGCUAACGUGAAUUGGGCACAUUCGGCAUGGAUCGGGGUCACCUGGGGGGCCUCUGCUUGGAAGGACGCCACUUCGGCAAACACAAUCUGGAGGAUGAGGAGUACCGCGAUGUCCUCCCCCGCUGCGUCCCCUAAGAGCAAAUGGGGGACUUCCUCUAAGGGGAGCCGCAGGACAAGUAGGUCACUCCAAGAGGGUGAUGACGCGAAGAAGGACUCCCAGGGGGGAGAAAACACGAGCCAGUACUUCAAAUGCUUCGUGGACAAGGCGAAAGAAAACCAAGGCGCGAAGGAAGACGACAUGGCUAGGUGGGUCGACCCCAAACACAACUCCUGCUACUGCAGUGAAGAAAAUACAGAGCCCUGUUCCAUGGACGAUGUAAGCAACUCUAAGUUUGUAAAUCAGCUGAUGGGGAAGGAAAUCUGCGACCUCAAUGACAUGGGAAAUAAAAACAAUCUCAAUCUCUUCAUCGUUCUGGAUAACUACUCCACAAUAAAAUGCUCCAACAUAGAGAGCAGGACGGAGAAGAUUAAUCAGAUGGAAUUGUACCAAUAUUGCAAAAAUGGGUUGCCUGCCUGGGAUAAUAGACACUUUUACGAAUACCUCAACUGUGACAAAGUGAGGAACAAAAAAGGGAAGAAGAGAAAAGAGGAGAGGAAACAGAACGAGGUGGGACCAGACGAAACAUGUGUUGACCUAUGCAAAGAGAUCAGAGAUCUAUGCAACUCGAAGAACUCUCAAUUUUACUCCUUCGAAAUGUGCAGUAAGUAUUACGAAAUGAAUCAUUUCACUGCAAAUAUUUUUAACAGAAUCUUUAAGAAGUUUCACGAAAGAUGUUCCUACUUCGACCCCACCAAUAAGGGACUCCUCCUCUGCAAACAUAAGCACAUACCAUGCGAAUUCAGUGAGUGGUCCGAUUGGAGCGAUUGCUCAAAAUCCUGUAAGGAUGACACUUACGAUGUGGAAGCGAUUAGGACCAGAAAGAGACACCUAAUUAAGGAGGUGAAGUAUGCUGGGAAGGCAUGCAGCAUAGUGGUAAAUGACAAAAACAAAUUGUCUGAUAUCCAAUUCUGUGAUGAGGUUCCCCUUUGUUCUUCUCUUCAUCCGCCUAGCAAUGCACCGAAUGAUCCUAACCGUGCUGCUGAGGCUCCCACAUCGGAGAAGAUGUAUAGCCCUCCUUUUGUGAUCCCAUUGAAAGAAAUCGAAAAGGCUAACAUACUAUACGAUUUGAAUCAACCAGAUGGAGACGUUAUAGAUGAGAACUUUGUGCAGAAUGCUUCUGACGAUCGAACUGAGUGCAUCGUCACGGAUAUGGGACGGUUCGAAAAUUCAAGAGAGUACAGUGAAAAGGUUAAAUCUUGUGCCUGCCCUGUUUACCACUCACCAUGCUACUUUAAAGACGUAUACAAAUCCAACUACUGGAAGGAGUCCUUCGAUCGGCACUGUGCGGAUAAUCCGACCCUUAACGUUUUCACUGCUGACUUCGUCAUGCUGAGUUGCGAUAACUCUGUCACCAUUAGGAAGAAAGAAAUUGCAAUUAAUACUUACCUUGCUAUGACCUUUGAUUGUCGAUCUCCCACCUUUCGAUACCUCUUUUGCUCCAAAUCGAAUGAAUCAUCUUCCAGGACGAAUAUCUUCUACAUCAUAUUUACCUGUGCCCUUGCGUUAAUUUCUGCCUUGUAUCUCAUCCAUCUGCUCAUUAGCGAGCGUGACAAGUGGGCCUUCUUCAUCCAAGGCGUCAUUCACUCCAAGAGUCGCUCCCGUUCGGCGGGGCCCUCCCCAGGCUCCUCCUCCGACGAGGAUAGCGAGGAGGACGGCGGCAAGGCUGGAGACAAGGACAGCGACGCUGGGAAGGCAACCCUACCAGGGGAGACACUCACGAAAGGUGCGACCGGGAAGGCAGAUGGCAACCCCAUGCCAGAUGACAACCUCAAGGAAGAUGGCAACCUCAAGCCAGAUGAGACCAUCACGGCGGAGUCGACGCCCCCACCAGGGGACACCCCCCUCAACACAUCCCCCUCCCGACGACCUUAA